GCUCCUCCCGCUAAUCUACUGGCGGCGCGGAGAAGUUCUGGGCAAAGUACUGGGAACCGGCUGCGCGUCCGCAGCGCCAGCAAUCGUGGCAUCGCCGGGGACCCCAGCGCACGGCGGCCAGUACGCGGCGCGAACUCCGGCCCCGCUGUCCAUCCGCUAGUGGCCGUCCCGGCCGCCGCCUAUUGCUGCUGGCACGGGAACUGUCAGCUGCGCGUUGCAGGGGGACCGGAGAAGCCGGCUUUGCCUCCUCCCAGGUCUGCGGGCGAAGCCGGGAGACGGGCACCGGAGAACUAGGCGGAGUCCCCGACGGCGGAGCGUGCAGAGAUUUCCUCCGGGUCAUCCAAAAUGCUGUUAAAACAUAUUGGAUAAGAACUGAGCCACCUGCCUGUGUGGGACUUCCAUACUCUCCUGUAUUGUCUUCGGAUGGCAUUUUGAUUUUCAUCGAGGCCAAGUGACCUGCUGUUCAGGAUGAGUGAUGAGAAGAACCUUGGGGUGUCUCAAAAACUGGUCUCACCUUCAAGGAGCACCAGUAGCUGCUCCUCCAAGCAGGGAAGUCGACAGGACAGCUGGGAGGUGGUGGAAGGGCUGAGAGGAGAGAUGAGUUACACCCAGGAGCCGCCCAUGCAGAAAGGAUUCUUGCUGAAAAAGAGGAAAUGGCCCUUGAAAGGCUGGCACAAGAGAUUUUUCUAUCUGGACAAAGGAAUCUUGAAAUAUGCCAAGAGCCAAACCGAUAUAGAGAGAGAGAAGCUUCAUGGCUGCAUUGACGUUGGGCUCUCAGUGAUGUCUGUGAAGAAGUCAUCAAAAUGCAUAGAUCUGGAUACCGAAGAGCACAUCUACCAUCUGAAGGUAAAGUCAGAAGAAAUCUUUGAUGAGUGGGUAUCUAAACUCCGCCACCACAGAAUGUAUCGUCAGAAUGAAAUCGCCAUGUUUCCACAUGACGUUAAUCACUAUUUCCAAGGAUCCACGGUCACAGACUCUGCGUCUGGUGUCUUAGACUCCAUUUCAAGUAGAAAGCGUAGCAGUAUAUCAAAGCAGAAUUCAAUUCAAACUGGAAGCAAUUUAUCAUUUUCUUGUGGUGGUGAGACCCGUGUUCCAUUAUGGUUACAGUCUUCAGAGGACAUGGAAAAGUGCUCGAAAGACCUGGCACACUGUCAUGCCUACCUGGUGGAAAUGAGCCAGCUCCUACAAAGUAUGGACGUCCUGCAUCGGACCUAUUCGGCGCCAGCUAUCAACGCCAUCCAGGGUGGAGCUUUUGAAAGUCCUAAAAAGGAAAAAAGAUCACACAGGAGGUGGCGGUCCAGAGCUAUUGGCAAAGAUGCUAAAGGAACACUGCAGGUCCCUAAACCUUUUCCUGGCCCAGUAAGACUACAUUCCUCCAACCCUAAUUUGUCAACAUUAGAUUUUGGAGAAGAGAAAAAUUAUUCUGAUGGCUCUGAAACCUCCUCAGAGUUUUCUAAAAUGCAAGAAGAACUGUGUCAUAUUGCUCAUAAAGUUUACUUCACUUUAAGGUCAGCUUUUAAUACCAUAUCAACGGAGAGAGAAAAACUCAAGCAGCUGAUGGAACAGGACGUCUCCUCCUCCCCCUCGGCCCAGGUCAUUGGUCUGAAGCACGCCCUGUCAUCUGCCCUAGCACAAAACACAGACCUUAAAGAACGCAUAUGCAGAAUCCAUGCUGAGUCUCUGCUCCUCGAUUCCCCUGCUGCUGCCAAGUCGGGUGACAGUCUGGCAGAGGAAAACUCCAGAGAUGACAACCGAGCUCUGGUCCAUCAGCUUUCCAAUGAAAGUAGACUCUCCAUCACUGACUCCCUUUCAGAGUUUUUUGAUGCACAGGAAGUUCUGUUAUCUCCAAGCUCUUCAGAAAAUGAGAUUUCUGAGGAUGACUCCUAUGUCAGUGACAUAAGUGAUAAUCUUUCCUUAGACAAUCUCAGUAAUGAUUUAGAUAAUGAGAGACAGACCUUGGGUAAGUUCCUCCUUUUUAGCUUUGGAGAUCAUUUUGAGUGGAACAAAGUGACCUCUUGCAUCCAUAACAUCUUAAGUGGGCAGAGAUGGAUUGAGCACUAUGGGGAGAUUGUCAUCAAGAACCUGAAUGAUGACUCCUGCCACUGCAAAGUGAAUUUCAUAAAGGCAAAAUACUGGAGCACUAAUGCCCGUGAGAUUGAAGGUACGGUAUUUGACAAGAAUGGAAAAGCCGUGCAUCGGCUCUUCGGGAAAUGGCACGAAAGCAUCUACUGUGGGGGCUCCUCCUCAUCCACCUGUGUCUGGAGAGCAAAUCCCAUGCCAAAAGGCUAUGAGCAAUAUUAUGGCUUCACACAGUUUGCCCUAGAAUUAAAUGAAAUGGAUCCAUUGUCAAAGUCUUUAUUACCACCUACUGAUACUCGAUUUAGACCAGACCAAAGGUUCCUAGAAGAAGGGAACUUGGAAGAAGCUGAAAUACAAAAGCAGAGGAUUGAACAGCUACAGAGAGAAAGGCGACGGGUCUUAGAAGAAAAUAAUGUGGAACACCAGCCGCGGUUUUUCAGGAAAUCCAAUGAUGACUGUUGGGUGAGCAACGGCACCUAUUUGGAACUUAGAAAAGAUCUUGGUUUUUCCAAACUGGACCAUCCUGUCUUGUGGUGAAAAAGGAAAGAAGAAUGAUACACCUGUACUUCUCUUGUGUUUGCUUUCUGAAGCCACAAACCUGUGUCUAUAUAUUUAAAAGAAAUUAUCUAGAAUGAUUACCUGUGCUUAGCUUAGCAUUGUAUUUAAGUAUGUAUUUUCUUCAAUAGUUUCCUUUAUAAUUUCAAAUGUUAUCACAAUUGUUUAUAUGAAUGUAGAACACCUUGAUAUUUCAUUUUAUAUAUAAGCUAUUUAAUAAAAAUGAAAGACUGAAUGUUAAUGUGUGGGUUAAAAAAGAAGCUUUAACACUAAUUUUCCAAAGGUUAGGAAAAUUCAAAUUAAAUUCAUGCCUUAUAAAAUUAUGUUGGAGAAAAAAAAUUUAUCUCUCCCAGGUGCAUUAAGAACUAAGAAUACCCAGGGUUACUCACUCAUGCGUAAGCUACCCAAGUUUAAUUUGGUAGCUCAGAUAUCUUUUUGCCUCCGACAGCUCUUGAAUUGCUCAUCCAGAACAAUUCUGCUGGUGCUGGAGUCCGAAGAAUACUUCCAUUUUGGUGGUUGGGAGGCUGGUAGGAGAUUAGUAGGAUGUACGUUUUUAUAUGACAUAGAUACGGCACCUUCCUGAAGAGGAAAAGCAUUUGAGCUCAUCCCUCCCUAGAGUUCUUAUUGCCUUAUGUGCAAAACUGUACCCUGUUACUCAGAGAAAUUGUCAAUCUGAGAAAUGCCCAUUAGUUAAACACUAUAAUGGCAUCCCAGAGACAUAGUAGGAAAUCUCUCCUUAGUGAGAACCAAAUUCUUGACAAGAAACUGUUUUCUGCUUCCCUCCAGCCCCACCCCUAGAUUCCCCACUCCCUACUUUUCUGUUGAGUAUGGAAUGUUCCAGUUUAGCAUAAAACAUAUGGUGCAUUCCACACAGCAAUUUGACUUUCUAAAAGUUUAGCAAAAUAACUGAUUGUUUUCAAGAACUCAACAGUUUUUUCUUAAAUACUGUUUUGGUAUUUUCUACCUCUUAAUAACACCAUAUUUUAGAUCUUGUAUAAGAAGUUUGACCAUCUGCCUUAUAGACAAAUGUAGAGAAUUGAUGUUCUUCCUUUGUGUUGUGUUCUGAUGAAGCUUUGUCUUAUCUCUUUCCUACACUUUCUUCUUACUCAUUUCCCUCUUUUGUGAGUCUUGCAGCAGUCUUGAAUAAUACAGAUUAUAACUCCUGAAAGGGGAAACUUUGUCUUUUUAAAUAUGUUAUUUUAAAGUACGAUAAUAGAAUCUGUGCAGUAGUUGAAGUGUGUUAUCAAAGUAGUUCCAACUUCUGCCCAGAUUACAUUAAAACCAAAGCGUAAUUUUUAAGUCUUUGACUCUAUUGUCCAUAACAGUCCUAUGGAAUAUCAAGUAUAAUGGUGUGUUAAACAGUUUUCGCCAGAAAACACUUACAGAUAUUUAAAUAAUUUCAGAGCACGUAGAAUUCCAGAAAUGAAAAGGAGAAUAAGUAUCGGGAAAAAAAGAACACAUGAUUUUUUUCAGUUUACACCAAAUAAUCAACUAGUUGGACAGUAUUGCACUUUCAAAAUGUAGAGUUACAGAAAGUGAGUCGUGGCCUUUUGGAAUUUGCAGAUGAUUAGCAUUUUAAAACAACAAAUGAUUCCUUAAAUAUUACAUUCAUUCAUUCCAUUUUAUCAAGAAGUCAAGAUGAACACAAUGUGAAUGUCAUUUCCAUUUCUAAGCAGUUAAAGGACACAAUCAGAUUCUUUGGUACGUGCUUUGUUCUUUUCUUUUCAAGCAUAUAUCCAAAGUCUGCUCGCAGAGAGGAAGAAGCAGGCUGUAGAUG